GGGGGCGCGGGGUGGGGAAGUUUGGUUAAAUUUGAAGUUGUAUGCAGAUUUUGUUAUUUUGCUGGAAUUCGAUAACUACUUAAGGAAAUGGUUCUGUUUGCGAGAUGGACUUAGGGUUUUGGACUAGAAUUGCUUCUUGAUGGAGUUUCUUUGGAGUUUUGAUGGUUCGGAAACGUUUCCGGAAUUUAUCUGGAGGAGAAAGAUAUCUACUUUUUUAGUGGUUAGAAAUUGUCCGAGUUAUUUGAGAUAAUAGUUUUAUCUAUCUAUCUAUCUAUCUUUUUAUCUAUAUAUUUAUUGGCUUCUAGGCUAAAGAUUAUGAAAUUUAUAAAUCUUUUGAUUCUAAGGGUUGCCGAUGAAGGGGAAAAUACAAGAAAUAUGUGUGGGAACAGUAUGUGUGCUAUUUUUUGACUUUUUUUGAGUUCCAGUCCAACAUCUUACGAGUUAUUUUUUAUUAGAAACAAAUUUCUAGUUACCGCAAGAAAGAAAAUUGGCUGUUAGAAGAAGAAUGCCUAUAUAUGUAUGUAUGUAUGCAUAUUACUUCUUGUUUUGUGUUGAUUGUUUAGCUGCUUGUACUUAAAUCCAUCAAAAUUUUCUGUUUCCCUAAUUGUUAUGUGUUUUUACAUGGCAUUUAUUUUGGAAGUAAGAAAAAGUGGGAGAAGUUUUGUUGGUGCGGUUGGGUGAUCUCUAGUUACUGGGGCAAUAUCAAAAUUUCUAGUUAUGUUGGAAUCUUUAAGCAUCAGAGGGGACUUUUUGAACCCAAACAAAGGUAAUCUAGGAGUUAAUUACAAACUGAACCAAAAUCCCUACACAAUGAGAUUGUAGCAGAAAUAUAAAUUCCGAUCAAGGCUACGAUGUAUUUAUGGCUAAGAGAUAGCCCAUAGUACAUAUGUUUAGGGGCUGUUUGCAUGCUGGGGAGCUGUUGUUUUAAAAACACAGAGGAUAUGGGGUGCUUUGAAGAGAUGGGAAGCCAAGUGACAAGUAAUCCCUACUUUCCAGGGAUAAGACUAAUCAUUUUUUGGGAGGAAUCUGAAAAAAUAGGGAUUAGCUGUUGCCAGUGGCUGCCACCUUCUCAAGCCAGACAUCUGAACAGACCCUUGGUCUUAUACAUAUUCCUAGAUAUAAGCUACUUAAAAUUCAUUAUGCCGAAAUCUACUUUUAAUCAAAAUUGACAUAAUAUUAUUGUUGAUUUGAGAUGUAAGAAGAAGAAAAAAAAAAUCAUGAGCAACAAUGAAAGGACAGAAGAAAAAGAGGGGAAUGGCAGAUGUUUUGGUUUCAAUGGUCGAAAAAGAUGAAACUUACAGGAGAAAAAUUCUGAGAGAAUGGGGAAGAAAAAAGAUGUAAAGAGAAAUUGAGAAAUGGAUGGAAGGAGUGCAUACCAUUCAGUCAGACAGCUGGAGAGAGGAGACCCUUUAUUGACAUGGAAUGAGUUGCUUACGUUAAGAACAGAGACUACUUGUGUGUUCAUAAGGAGAAAGACCUUAUUUUCUUAUAUCAGAGUAUUAUAAUGUACUUGCAUCUUAUUAUUAGGUUAUGCACAGCUUGGAAGAAAUUAAACUUAAGAAAAUAAUGAAAUCUUUACAUUAUGCUAGAUGGAAUGAUAGACAUUGUGUUCUAAUUAUGAAAUUAAUGAUGAAGCAUAUUAAACAUUUUAAAUUGACUUCUGAGUCAUCAAUUGAUAGGAGAAGUGGAUUUUGCAGUUCUGCUAAUAUGUUUGUUUGUUGUUCUUAAUUUUCCAAGUUUGGCAUGGUAGAUUAGACCCUUGAUUUGAUUCAUAGCAUCUCCAUGUGCUGUUUACAAUAUACGCACUUGAAAUUUAAGAUGUGUGUCAUUCUUAUUCUUCCAUGACUGUGACUGUGUUCUCAUUCUUCCAUGCAGAAAUCUCAUGAAUAACUGAUGCCCAUCCUUCUAGCAUGGACUCGCAUCAGCUUUUCAGAUGUGAAUUGACUGGUGCAGAUGCGUCCCGCAAAUUCCCUUCUCCAAGAACUCUAGCAUACAGUGAACGGGCAUCGGGUUCCAUUAAACUUGGUUUAGGCAACUCACCCAACUCUCCUCUUUCCAGCCAGUUCGAUUGCGAUACUUUGUCUAUACUAAGCAACAGCCAGGAGCAGUAUAGCUCCACAGAGACCAUCUCAGGGGUUAGCCCUUCUCAGUACUCGCCACUAGAAAUCAACAGCUCAUCCGAGCAAACCCACAUUCAUCCUGCAGAGAGUAUCCAGCCUCAGCUCACAAAGCAGCGAUCAAGGACUUGGAGCCAUGAGUCUCGCAUGGAACCACCUGCUGUCAUCCAGCCCCAGUACACUUCUGGCAGAUUUCCAAAAGCAAGCCAUGAAGUCCAUCCUGAGAAACGUCUGAGAGAGAUGAAGGAAUUUCCAGAGAGUGAUGUGAAACAGAUGUUGAUCAGAUGUGCUGAAGCUUUGUCCGAGGACAAGAUAAAUGAAUUUGAAAUGCUAGUCCAAGAAGCCCGUGCUUCUGUCUCCAUCAUUGGAGAACCUAUCCAGCGUCUGGGUGCUUACAUGCUAGAAGGCCUGGUGGCGAGGAAGGAGUCUUCUGGCACCAACAUCUACCGUGCCCUGAGGUGCCAGAAACCAGCAAGCAAGGAACUUCUUUCUUACAUGCGGAUCUUAUAUGACAUCUGCCCUUACUUCAAAUUUGGCUACAUGGCAGCCAAUGGAGCAAUUGCUGAAGCGCUGAGGCAUGAGGACAGAAUCCACAUUAUAGACUUUCAAAUUGCUCAAGGGACUCAGUGGGUCACCCUAAUACAAGCAUUAGCUGCUAGGCCUGGGGGUCCUCCACAUGUUCGGAUCACGGGGAUCGAUGAUGCAGAGUCAGAAUAUGCCCGAGGAGAUGGUUUGCAGCUUGUGGGGAAGAUGCUAUCUGAUAUGUCCAAGAAGUUCAACAUUCCUUUGGAGUUCAAUGGCCUUCCCGUCUUUGGGCCAGAUGUCACAAGAGAAAUGCUAGACAUUCGACCAGGUGAAGCGCUUGCCGUGAAUUUUACCCUUCAGCUCCACCACACCCCCGAUGAAAGCGUUGAUGUGAACAACCCCAGGGAUGGGUUGCUGAGGAUGGUGAAGGGGUUGUCACCAAAAGUGACUACUUUGGUGGAGCAGGAGUCCAACACCAACACAACCCCAUUCUUGAUGAGAUUCUUGGAGACAUUGGAUUACUACUACGCAAUGUUCGAAUCAAUUGAUGUGACGCUGCCAAGGGAUAGCAAACAGAGGAUAAAUGUGGAGCAGCACUGCCUGGCAAAGGACAUAGUUAAUAUCAUCGCAUGCGAAGGGAAGGAGAGGGUGGAGAGACAUGAGCUGCUCGGGAAGUGGAGAUCCAGGCUGACCAUGGCAGGAUUCAAGCCUCUCCCACUUAGCUCUUAUGUGAAUUCGGUGAUAAAGAGUCUGCUUGGAUGUUACUCUGAUAAGUAUACAUUGGUGGAGAAAGAUGGAGCAAUGUUAUUGGGUUGGAAGGAUAGAAACCUGAUCUCAGCCUCUGCAUGGCACUGAUUGCAGAACUUUAGGCAGAUGAGCUUAGGAAAACAGGUCAGCAAAUAACGGAUAUUCCCAUCAAGUUUUGUGUGAUCCUAAAGUGUUGUAUCUACGUAUUGCUGGGUCAUUUAUUUCGUUGUAUGUAUGUACAUUGGAAUGCUGCAUCUGAUGUUGUAGUCCUUGCAUAGGCCAGGACAGUCUUCUUAGAAGGAUGACUUUAGUUUUUUUCUGUUCUCUGUUCUUGUUUUUAUUUAUUUAAUUUUUUUGAACUAGGAUCUGGACAAGCCUGGUUGAUGAUUAAAGUGAGGCUACCAACUCAGCCCAGCCAAUUGGCAUCCUUUGCUUUGUUCA